AUGGUCAAUCGGCAGAUAACACCUUUACUUAGUUUCUCCGGGGAUCUGGUCCAGCCAGUCGGUAGUGUCAGUCUGCCCAUCGCCUUCGGCGUUGCCCUUCGGAAAUCGAUGACCUAUGACCAGUUUCUCAUCGUCGACUGCCCCACGGCAUACAACGUCAUCGUAGGACGGACGACACUCACCGUAGUCAAAGCGCACUUGUCCCCCCACAUGUUGCUGAUGAAAUUCCCAACCCGCAACGGCACUGGCACUGUCCGAGGAGAUCAACUCAGCGCACGGACGUGCUAUGAGACGGCCCUAAAGUCGGUAGCUUGCAAACCUCCGAUGGAAGCAAUGGCUGUGUAA